AUGGAAAACGGGGGCCAAGAAACCGAUCCCCAGGAACUGAAACGGCGCCGAAAGGCUGAGCAACUUCUCGCCAGGAAGGCGGCCACGCAGGAAGCUCAAAAUCUACAGUUCAAGAACCACCUCACCCGGGAACGGGGAUUUUCGGACGAAACGGAAAGUAAAUUCUUCGGCCAAUGGGAGCGAAUGGUUGACCAGGUGAAAUCGGAGCAACUGCUCGAAGACCUGAAGCAACUGCAGCAGGGCCUGGGCACGGUGGUCGAUCGUAAAAAUGGUUGCAUCAGACGGUUGGUCACCUUCCGGGAGGAGAUCGGCGGUAUCCACGACCAAUGUCUGCGGCGACUGCGGAACAUCAUCGAGUACUACAUUCGUCUGAAAGACUUUCUCACCGCGACCAUGAUGGCGCAAUACCAGGAAGACCGUCAGAAGCUUCUGAAUGAGUUCAGCGAAGAGGCCGCGAUGAACGAGGACUAUGGCACUUGCCAAAUGGACCAACUUGAGGCGUCGCUAGCACGCCUGCGGGAGAAAAUGGCUCGGGAAGCAACGGACGAUCACAACUGGCGGCUCGAGUGUGCCGAUGCCAACAUUAGCCUGCAAGUGGAAAAGUGCGAAAUUUUGCGCGACCGAAAGUACACCGAAAUGGUGUCCCUCUACCGGCGGCUCCAGGCAACGCUCGGUGAGUACUUUCGAACGGUGCUCUUCCCCGAGCGCCACGCGUCCUACGAUCGGCUCGUGGCCAGCACUCGCCACCAGCAGGAAGGCAUCGAGCAGCGCCGCUGUCAGAUCGCCGUUCUGACGCUGAAGCAAACCCAGCUCGACCACACACUCACGCUGGCCCGGAUCGGUGGCCGGCGGAAGCUCAACACGCAGCGCAACUGUCGGCUACUGCUCGAGCUGAAGGUGCAUCUGCUGAAGCAGCAGCAACAGCGGCUCACCGAGGACUACCGGUUGAAGCUGCGCGAGGUUUGUUCCAUAACGCACCACCUGAAGACGCUACUCGCGGACCAUCUUCUGUGGGGUGAACGGGUAGCGAAACUGGCCCGACUCUGCGCCCAGUACGAAACGGACCAGGAUGCCCGGUUCGCCGCCCGUUGGUUCCACGAUCCGGACGACGACGACGGUGGCCUGUACGGGACCCUGUUCCGCAAGAUCAACCGAAUCGAAGCAAUCAACAUAGUGCUCCGGGAGGAACGUGCCAUUCUGAGGCACCAAAACGAGGCCCUCCAGUCCACGGUGCGGGUCUACUGCGGGCGACACAAAGCCGGUGACCCGGAAAGGCUACGACUGUGCGGGCAGGUAAUUACUGGCCACCCAUAA